AGGAAAUAUGGCUUUAAACACAGUGAUCGCAUUCACGACAAUACUGCUGUCAAUAUUCGUGGUUACAAUUUUUGCGAGCGAACAAAACAAACCCGGCCAAUUAUAUAAGUUAUGUGGCAACGAUUUUAUCGCGGCCUAUCAGGAUUGCUGCGAUUAUGGUUACCCAGCGUGUGCCAGUAUGGCCUCAAGUGAUGGCAAUAUUGAGGCCCUGGAACCAGUGCCGGACCCAUGUGAGGGCAAAUUGAAGGCUCUGGAGAGAAGAGGUGAGUGGAAUGGGUACGUUUACACACCUUAACUUGGAGGUGGGAGUAUAAAUAGUAGGGGGCGAGGUGGCCAACAUGGUCAUGAGUACGGAGGGUAGGAUUGAAGUCGUGGGGGUUGACAUAUUAGGGCAAAGAGGUCCCCAUGCAGCAUGUGCCCUUACUCCUCACUAUAAGGCGGUCUAAAAUGUGUAUAUAGAAUUCGCUCGAAAUAUGCAUCCAUGCAAAAGCCUUCAACUCACAAUGAUGUUGCUUCUACCAACAGGUAAGCGACAUGUGAUCAUGAUGCCAUCGAGAGUGGCCAAACAUUUCCUGGGUUCACGAUGGAAGCGCGACCUGGGCCAUACUGCUGUGAUGGAGGAAUGCUGUAACGAGGGCUGUUCUUACAAAGAGAUUGCCGAGUAUCCAUGUUUCAGCUGA